AGCAGAUGUGACAGUUCAGCGAGUCCAUCAACAGCGGAGCCUCUGCUGCUGCACAGAAACAAUGUUGCAGUUGCAUUUCACGAGCGAUAUAAUAUCUGAUAAUGUCAGCACUGACUUUCAAAAGCUCAAUAAGUUCAAUGAACAGCAGUUUUUGAGUCUAACAGAGAUCUUGUACCAGUUCCUAUUAGAGCCGAAAGAGUCAGAGCGAUUCUUGCAACAGCUGACAGAGUUUGCUGGAGAGAACGGGAUGAGCGUUGGACCACUGCGGGGUCUGAUGAAAACUGUCCUCCUAGUACCUCAUGGUGCUUUAAAAAGAAACCUGACAGCAGAACAGGUGAAAUUGGACUUGCUUUCAUUAGGAUUAAAUGAGGAAAAAGCCAGUUAUUUCUCUGACCAGUGGAAAGUUCACUACCCAGUUUUAUCCAGACUGGCAGUAGGACAGACAUUAAUGGUCAACCAGCUUGUUGACAUGGAAUGGAAGUUUGGUGUUACUGUUGGUACAAGUGAGCUGCAAAAGACUGGAAAUAUUUUUCUACAGCUGAAACUGGUCAUCAGAAAAGGAAACAUGACCGAAAAUGUAUACAUGGAGCUCACUUUACCUCAAUUCUACAAUUUCCUUCAUGAGAUGGAGAGGGCCAAAGCCAGUAUGGAUUGUUUCAGUUAACUCACCUUUGAACAGACGUACUGAUGUGUUUAACACUGCAGAGGUCCAUCUUCCUUACAAAUAGUUUCAAUAUGAAGCAGAAAUAAUAGUUUAUUGAUCAUCCUCAGUGUACUUCAUGUGAAUGUAUGUGUGUAUGUUUUGGGACACAGAGAACAUUCCAUAUUAAUGUCUUACUGUUGAUCCUCUUCGAUUAAUUGUCUUUCUCUGAAAUAACCUUUAAACAAUUUUCCCUGGUGUUAUUAUAAGUGCUAUUGUAUGUUCUGUCAAUUAAUAAAUCUGCACACUUGA